CUAGGUCAUCAAUCAUCAAUGUGACACCCCGGCAGAAUCUUCCCUCUUCCCUCUUCCCUCUCACGCUCGUUAAAUAGCCUAAUGCCGUCAUGGCCAUACGUUACUUCACCUUCCCUCCCUCUUUGGCUCCUUAGUCUCUCCUUCUUCCUUUCCUUUCCUUUCCUUCCAUCCCCUUCUCCAGAUCUCUGAGCUCCGACUCUCACACCCCCUCACGAUAGACUCAUUCCUUACCCCACAAGCAGUGAGCUCACGUCAGACCUAGUGCACCCUCUCCCCGCGCCCUAGUCUGCAUACCUGCUAUCUUCAAUCGGUGGAAUCUCCCUCCACUCCUUAUAAUCAGUCUCGACUUCGACUGUGACCUCGAGCCCCUCCCGCAUUCUGCCAAUCUCUUUCAGCCUUCGUCCCUACACCUUUCGCCCACGCGCCUGCGCAUGUCGAGGCAGCGGCCGCCUCAUUCCUUCGCUUGAGACACCCUUCAUAGUCUAUAGAGCAUGGUCUUGUCCCCGCGCUGGUGGACGGCUCUGCUGGCCGUCCUUACCGCCAGCCAGAACACAGUCAGAGCGAUACAGUUAGAUCUCAAUGAUGAGCAAUCGAUCAAGAACGCCGCCGCGACGGCAGCCUACAACAUGAUGAGCUACUACCACGGCAACGAAUCCGGCCAGAUACCGGGCAAGUUGGUAGAUACCUGGUGGGAAGGAGGCGCCAUGUUUAUGACUCUGAUUCAAUAUUGGUACUGGACCGGCGACACGUCCUAUAACCCAGUCACCACCGAGGGUAUGCUCUGGCAGAAGGGCCAGAACGAUUACUUCCCCGCCAAUUACAGCAACUAUCUCGGUAACGAUGACCAGGUGUUCUGGGGUCUGGCUGCGAUGACGGCUGCCGAGUUGAAUUACCCAGAGGAGGACGGCCAACCGUCUUGGCUCUCGCUCGCGCAGGGCGUCUUCAACACUCAGGUACCCCGCUGGGACACCACCAGUUGUCAAGGUGGGUUGCGCUGGCAGCUGUGGCCCUACCAGGCUGGAUACACCACCAAGAAUGCUAUUUCCAACGGUGGUCUCUUUCAAUUGGCGGCGCGACUGGGGCGCUACACCAACAAUCAGACGUACAGCGACUGGGCGGAGAAAAUCUACGACUGGAUGGCGACCACCCCGCUCCUGAGGGAGGACGAGUGGACCAUUGCCGAUACGACCACGACGCAGACAGAGUGUAAAGAUCAUGGGGAUCUCCAGUGGACGUACAAUUACGGAACAUACAUCAGUGGAGCGGCCUAUAUGUAUAACCACACCAACGGUGGCGACAAGUGGAAGAAGGCGCUCGACGGCUUGCUCGGAACUACCUUGCAGAAGUUCUUCCCCCAAGAAUUCGGCGGGAACGUCAUGUCCGAAAUCUCCUGUGAACCGAAUAUGAUGUGCGAUCGCAAUCAAGACUGCUUCAAGGGAUUUCUGUCAUCCUGGUUGACAUUCACCACCACCAUUGCGCCGUACACCGCGGGCGAGAUCAUCCCGAAAAUCCAGCAGUCGGCCCUGGCAGCGGCCAAGCAAUGCUCUGGCGGCAAGUCGGGCACUGAAUGCGGCCGACGCUGGCACCAGGCGACGUGGGACGGGGAGACUUCACUGGAGUCUGAUAUGAGUGCACUGAGCGUCUUCUCUUCCACUAUGAUUGCCCACAAGGGCCAAGAACAGAGUCAUCAGGGACCGUUGACUUCGGAUACUGGGGGCACCAGCAAGAGUGAUCCCAACGCGGGCACCGCCCCGAAGAAUCCACCCAACGAUCUGCCGGAGAUCACGGCCGGGGAUCGGGCGGGUGCUUCAAUUCUGACGGUGGCGUUCGUAUGUGGUUGGACUGCUGCUGUGGCCUGGUUGGUCUAUGGUGGUUAGUUCAGCGUGUAGAAGUAUAUAUUUCUCUUUCAGUGGCAGGCGUUGCCGUUUGUAUAUAGGAAAGUCUUCUGUGGCAGGCGUAUCUCUAUUGCUCCUUGCUUGCCAUCGCUCAAUGACUCUUUGUAUUAAUAUUUGGAAGGUGGCUGUCCUUGUGAUGUUGGUUGUCCGCUAUGCGCGCUUGCUGAGAGGCUUAGGAAGGGCAUUAUGCCCCUGGCUGCGAGUUUCUGCUUCAAUGGGCAGCAGCUUGACCCUCAAUAGAACUUUGCUUAAAUGUGAUUUGUCUGGAUAGCUGAUUUUGAGGAAUGAUUCCGUGAGGUAUGCUAUCUAGCGACAGGUUUAGCUUGCGG